GGAGGAAGAGAGCACAAACACGAAGCGGAAAGCUCAAAGAGAAGAAGUGAAAACAGAACAAGAGGAAGAGAGUCGCAGAAAAAGGAACAAAAUCAAUGAUCUCGCUGAUGGUCAUCCACCACCUUUAAGAAACUAAAUCUGAGCAAGAGAGAGAGAGAGAGAGAGUUUAUUAAUUUGUCACCAUGAAGAAGUUGUGGAGUUGCCUCUGCUUCCUCGUUCUAGCAGUAUUGCCUAUUUCCAGAGGACAGGAUACAACUGUUUCCCAACAUAACAGCAGUGACCAUUACAAUCAUUCAGAUACCUCUAUGACUACUACCAAGAGUUGGCUGGAUGAAACUACAGAUGCCACCAACAACAUGUCGUCCUCUUCCUCUCAGAACAGCGAAACCUUGAAUGUAACAACUCCGGCACAAAACAACACUGGAGGUGGGAACAACACUCCAGUCAAUGAAUCCAGCACAACGUUACAGGCAACAACAACCUCGGGUAAAAAGCCAGGGAACGAGGGCGAUGCUAGCAAUGGCAGCGUGACUACGGCGACAACCAGCUCCUCAUCAGUAAUAAUUGAAGACAAGGAUAGUUCGUCCUGGGGUUACGUGAUCCUGGUGUUGAUCAUCCUGGUGAUCAUUAUUCUGUGUGUCAUCCUCUACUUACUCCGGAGAGUCUCCAGGACGUAUUCAUUUGACCUCCAGCGUCCGAGUCCUGCCAGCCAUUGCAACGAACCCACAGGCACCUUUGAACCAGUCUACCUGGACGACCUGGAUCAAACAGCCCCUGAAGACCGGGUGAACAACGAUUACACUCCCCCCCCUACAUUAGCCAAUGGCACAACUCCACAGUCGGAGGAGAAGGACUCUAGUGGAGAGAACGCUCCGCAGGACCAGACAGAUACAAACGGUUUCGAGACUUUGUCCAUCGGUAUCAACAGCCCCCCAGCUGACAUCAUGUCUGACCAGUUGAUGAAUACCGACAUAUUCUUCAAUGGGAGCGGGGAGGAGCAGCAGAACGAAAACAACAACAACCCAUCGGUGUGCUCCAGUGACCCGUUUGUUGAAAUAAACCUGGAUGAGCCGGCGUGGUGCGACCAGCUUCUCACCUCUCCUGAACUCCCCUCCUCUGUCCUCCCUUUCUCUCCUUUCUCCUUCUCCACCUCCUCCUCCUCUUCUUAGCUCCUUCACUGAUGACACCCAGAUCAACGCAGAGGCAGCUACAGUGUCUUUUAAAAUCCAUUAAGAUCUCUUUUACUUCCAGUUUGCUUGCAGCUAGCUGGCAUUAUUUGUCACUGGCCAGUGUAUAUAUCUCAACCAAAAAGGCUGUAAAAAUAAAACUAGCUGAAGCAUUUUGUUGUGUUUUUUGCGGGAGUCUUCAGCAAUUGCAGUCUUAAUUGUAGAAAACAAACUGUUUAAGAACUGUUUCUCAAACUACAUGCUAUCAAAAAUCAGUCUGCUGUAUGUCUAUGAUGCAGCUGCAACAAAAUACUGCACAACUAAAAAGCCAAAGUUACUUUAAAUAUGUUUUCUAUUCUAUUAAAUAACAUGGUUGAGCAAGUUUUUUCAGAUAUACUUUCAAUGCUGUAAGUCAUAUUCAUUAAUAUCAUUUUGAAUCAUACUUUUGUGAAGUGACUUUGUGUAUAAAAGUUUAAAUGUGCCAUGUGUUUUCAUAUUUUGUUUUUAAUUAGUUGUCAGUUAUGUUUUAUGAAAUUAUGUUUUAUGAAACUAAAUGAAUGAAUAUUGUUUUUUUGAGGAAAUGUGCAACAGAAAUAAAUAAACAGUUGUCAUUUAUGGCGUAUUUAGGUAAACCUUUGGACCAAACUUAUUGUUUUAUAGAUUUUCUUUUUUUAGUGAUGCAUGACAUAGCUCCAAGUUUACCUUUACUUGGUGGUAAAAAGUCAUAAUGACAACAAGUUUUUCACUUGGACUUUUAAUUUUAUCAUAUCAUCCAGGCACUUAGCCCUGUAAUUAAUGUUCAUUAUGAGUUUUUAUUCUGGUCAUAAAUACAGUUUGCAUCUGCUGCUGUAACUUUUGUACAUUUUGUAAUAAUACAGCAGUUAAUCAGUUGAUGUUUACAAUCUGGAUUAAAUUGCUGUUUUAUAACUUUCCUGUUUUCAUCAUUCAUCAUGCAGAAAAGUGCUACAAAAGUAAACUCAAUCUUUAUCACUUUUAGAAAGUGAUAAAGAUUUCGGCUGCCAUUUAUAUUGUCCACUAUAUAAAUGCUGUUAAAUCUGGUGGUGAAUCACUGUGUCUAGUGACUUAUUUAUACUGCAGAGAGCAAACACUCAUCACACAUCUCACUUCACUGAGACGUUGUGGUUAUGUGGUUUUAUACUUUGGUUCAGGAUCAUGAAAGCUGAAUCUUUUGGGUCAAUCUGUGUUAAGAUUGAUCCGCAAGUCUGGUCCUGAUCAGUGCUUUACAUGCAUUAUCUUUUGCUACACAAACUGUUGUGUUUUUUUCAAAUGCUGCCUGGUAGAAUUUGUACUUGUUGAGGUGAAAUAAACACUUCAUCAUGAA